AUGGAUAACACUCGAAAACUGAUUGCGAGAGAACCAAAUGACACCGAGGCUACACCUUUUGACUAUGGAUCCGGACAUAUAAAUCCUCUAGGAGCAUUGAAUCCAGGACUAAUUUACGACUUUGAUUCCAAUGACGUUAUUAAUUUUCUCUGCAGUACUGGUGCAAGCCCUGCACAAUUGAAAAACCUUACAGGACAGCUAAAUUAUUGCCCAAAGCAAACUAAACGAUCAUAUGAUUUUAACUACCCCUCGAUUGGCGUGUCCAACAUGAAUGGAAGCGUAUCAGUUUACAGAACAGUUACUUAUUAUGGUACAGGACCGACUGCUUACGUUGCAAAGGUAGAUUAUCCAGCUGGUGUUCAAGUUGCAGUUACACCUGCUAAACUCAAGUUCGCAAAGACGGGUGAAAAACUGUCUUUCAAGAUAGAUUUUAAACCUGUGAAGACUAGUGAUGGAAAUUUUGUGUUUGGAGCUCUGACAUGGAGUAAUGGUAUGCACAAGGUUAGGAGUCCUAUUGCUCUUAAUGUGCUUUCGUUGUAG